GCGCGGAUUCUGGGGCUUGGGCCGGACUCCGCCCGGUGCAGUUCGAACCCCGUCCAGCCGCUGCUGCAGGUCCACCGGCGUUGGGCGGACGGGAGUGGGCUGGAAAGGGGGAUAAAAUGGAGUGCGAUGUGGGGGUUGUUUCAGAGACCGCGGACCUACAUGCACAGCUUGUUUAUUUUGAGACGGUAUCUGGAAGCCAGUCCAAUCCAGGGUCAGAGUCCUUGUUUGUGGGUGUGCGGCUCCCCAGGUCAAACGCUACAGCCCAUGUAGGAGCAGUUGCAGAACUCCUAGCCAGAGAUUUAAAGGUCCUUCGUUUUUUUGUAGCCGCUCCGAUUGCGGCUUUACUCCUCUAAAGCUACUGACAUCCCUCCGCGUUUGCUUGGCCUUUCCUGUGAGUCGCGACCACACUUCUGCGCUCCCUGAGUGCGGUGGAGCCCGGAUCAUGUUGCUUAGAUCUGAAGGGAAUCGUGGAAAUUCCUCCCCCGACCCUCGUUUGUUUUACAGUUGUGACCCAGUAAGAGGCACGACCUGUUGCAUAGGUAGUCGUUCACUUAACGCGGCUGUACUGAGUCACUGUGAUCACUCGGGUGUGGUGCCUGCCUGCAGUGCCAAGGAUUUUCUAUUUCAGCAGACCAUGCUACGAAUUAAGGAUCCUAAGAAGUCACUGGAUUUUUACACUAGAGUCCUUGGAAUGACACUACUACAAAAAUUGGAUUUUCCUUCCAUGAAGUUUUCACUCUAUUUCUUGGCUUAUGAGGAUAAAAAUGACAUUCCCAAAGACAAAAGUGAAAGAACAGCAUGGACAUUCUCCAGAAAAGCUACACUUGAGUUGACACACAACUGGGGCACUGAAGAGGAUGAGACCCAGAGUUACCACAGUGGCAAUUCAGACCCUCGGGGAUUUGGUCACAUUGGAAUUGCUGUUCCUGAUGUACAUGGUGCUUGUAAAAGAUUUGAAGAACUAGGAGUCAAAUUUGUGAAGAAACCUGAUGAUGGUAAAAUGAAAGGUCUGGCAUUUAUUCAGGAUCCUGAUGGCUACUGGAUUGAAAUUUUGAAUCCUAACAAAAUAGCAACUAUUAUUUAGUGUGUGAGAAUGCUCCUCUGGAAUGUCAGUGAAGAUGGAAGACAGACAUUGUGACUCAAGGUGUUCAGGUGGCAGGAACAUCCAGGACUGGUGCAUCACUGUCCUGAUUCAAAUGAAUUUUAAGUCCAUUUCCCUUUUCUCUUUUUGCUGUUUUUUUUUUUCUUCUACCUAACUGUUUAGUCAUUCAAGUUUUAAAGUAGUGCUUUAUCUUAUGACCUUGAAUGUAAUUGUAUAAUUUUACUUUUUAGGUAAUAAUUAGAACAGUUCCCUUCAGAGGCUGCCUUGCUGCCAUCUAUCUCCUAACUAUUCUCUUCAAGACUGCCUUUGAAUCAUCAUUUAGAAAAAAAAAUUUAACAUUUUUUUUAAACCCCAUCUUCUGGGGUUUCAAUUCCUCAGAAAUAACUUUUCACAAUGGAAAGUAAAGAACACUGAACAAAAUGAAACUUCAUGUGUACUUCAAACAAUAUAAAGUGUUCAUUUUACAAAAGAGAAGGUACUCUUGAGAGCAAUUCAGAAUCAUGCUGACAGGGACAUUGAUAGAAAAAUGAAGUUAUUUUUCGUUUAUAAAAUACUUUCAAAGUUCAA